UUAUCAUAUCAUGUGGCAUGUUGAGCACAGGUUUGACCGUAAUCUAAAGCACAAGGACUAUUUAUUUUCUUCAAGAAAUGCGAAAGUAUUAUUGUUUUCUUUCUUUGACCCGUUUAUCAGUACUGUUAACCCAGCCCACAACAGAAAGCUGAGAAACAUAAGUCUGCAAUUAGUCAGGGAUGGGGUGAUCUGUGUUUCAAACCAUUCGUUAGCGUCAAGUUUCUGCUCUCUGUGAGUUGGUAUAACAUUUCCUAAUAAAUAAUUGACCUGAGCCGCAUGUUGAUGAGUCUCCUUAGUUCUGAGCGCAUUCACUUGCAUGCCGGGACUCUGCGGCAGAAGCAAAAUACAUCACAUCAAAACUACAGAUUCAGGUCAAAAUUGGGAGAUUCUGCUCUAAAUUAAAUUAUGACUCUGAGGGCCAGUUCUCAUGGGGAGCUCCAGGCUCUCAGUUUAUUGAAGAGCCCUGCUUCAGACAGCGGUCUCUUCAAAUCUCUUUCUCACAGCACCAAUAAUAUUGGCAACCGCUUACAGAGCAUCGAGGAGCUUAAGGGAGUUUUGAAGCCCACACACCCUCCUCGAAGACCCGUUCGUGCGGUCCGACCCGUCAGUGCUCUAAGCGCUAGUGGCUCAUUCUUGCAAAUCAACCACCUGCAGGGGGAACUGGUGAGGAAGAGGAAGGAAUGUGAAGACCUAAAAAAGGAGAAUAAAUACCUCUCUAAUGAAAUACACAUGGAAAGGAUCAUGAUGAGAACUGAGAACGAGCUCACCAUGAGGAACCUGCGGAACCUCAACCAGGAACUCCAGGUCCAAGUUAAAGAGUUAAACCAGAAGCUACAUCUCAGCCAGCAGAGGGCGACACUGUGCUCCAGGGCAGCUGAGGAUGCUGACAGAACCCGAGCAGAGGCGGAUAAAAAUAGAGCCCUAGCAGAAGCCCGGGCACUGGACAACCGGGAGGAGAAAGAUUUUGUGAUAUCUGAAAAAACAAGGCUCAGUGAGGUGCUACACCAGCUGAAGAAAGAGCACACAGAUGUUAAGCAACUUUUAGCACAAACUGAGAGGAAUUACUUCGAGACCAAGAUUAAACUAGACCGCGUGUCUGGAGAAAAGCAAGUUCUCCUGGAAGAAAACAAAGAACUGGAAAAUGAGAGAAACACAUUACGAAACAAACUGAAGGAGCUGACAGAGGAAAAUGUGAAGAUUAUGGAAAAGGAGGUGAACUCCAGACGUAGAGCUCUGGUCGCUGAAGAAUAUAGUGAGAGAGCCAAAAAAGCCCAACAAGAUGCAGAGCAGGAAAGAAAUCUAGCCGAGAGAGAAAAGGAAGAUCGCACCAGGGAGUGUCUUUCCUGGAGAGAGAAACAUCAGGAUCUGGCAGAAAUCAUCAGGGCCCAGGAGGAGCUGAAGUCUCAGAGGCAAACCAAAGCAUGCCAAGCUAACAUUAAGAGCUUCUUCCUGUGUAUGACUGAGAGCGACCAGAGGGUUAAGCUUCUAAAAAAUCAAGAUGGUACACCAAGGAACUUCACAGUAAUUUCAUUUUCCUUUCAUUCAUCUUUAGCAAAAUACAUUAAUUGUAUUAUUCAACCGUCUAAAAAACAUGCUAUCACUAGGAAGGAGAUCCUGUGUACAUUUCCACACCUGAUCCCAGCAGUGAGGAUUCAGAAAGGAGCUCAGGGAGCAGAACUAUGUUUAGAGUGGCUGCACCUCGGGUUAGAAGGGACACAGGACCAGCCCAUUUCAGUGAACUGUCACCAAUGGGAGAAUCCCACGAUUCUGGGUUUCAAAGGAGAAGCAGAAAGGUUGAAUAUUUCUGGAUCCCCACGGAUGAGGAAUAAUGCAAAAACGAAAAAAUCCUGCCAUAUUUUGUUUGCUCUAACUUCAAACAUUUUUCCAAAUUUAAAAAGCGAAAAGUUCCUACCUAAAUUAACAUUUUUUUUUGCAUCUCACAAAAACGGACAAGUAAAUAUAUUGAUCAAGUAUUUUCUUUAUUGUAAAUUCAGCAAUAGUGGUGAUGAAUACAGCAAAAUAUGCUUUACAAUGUCAUGAUCAUAAACCAUUUAAUUUCUUACAUCUGGAUUGCCGUUUAACAAACAAGAAUAACUUUGUCAAAUAAUUAAAACACCUGACAAUAAACGGUUGUUGUCAAACCA